CGGCUCAGAGGCUCAGUUGAGUCCGCGCAUUUGUAACGCAAGCACGCGCCUCCCACGCAGUCGCGUACAGCUGAUCAACACGCGUCGUGCAAGUGCUAGCAAACGCAUCUGUGAUAGUGACAUGGUUCUGUGUAUACAUUGGAUUCACUAAUCGUAUCAUUAGAAAAGUUGUGUGUGUAGCGCAUGCUGCACGUGCGGUGAUGCGCCGCGAGCGCACGGGAUCGACACAUGCAUGCCGCCCGCGCACCCGGUGUGGUUGUGAUGACAUGGUGGUGGGCGAUCGCGCUGCUAGCGCUAGCGACGCCCGCCCUCCCCGCGCCCAGGGCGGGCAACGGUGAGCUAUUUUACAGUUAUCAAAUGUCCCGCAAGUCGUGCGUGGCGGGCGGUGCGCGCGGCGCUUGCAUGUGGGUGCAGGAGUGCAACCGUGUGGGAGGCACGCACGCCGGCGUGUGUGUGGACGGCUUUAUGUUCGGCUCGUGUUGUCGACUACCGGACACGCCGGUCAGUGUCGGAGAAACAUCCAGCUCAGUUACAGUCACGGACAAACCAUAUACGCCAUCUAGUAGUACGCAAAGUACAUCAUCUCAGCCAUCCGAAAUAUCAACACAAAGCACAGCGCGGCCAAAUUGGCAAACACAGCGGCCGUCGUUCAUGACUAAGCCGAUAGAUGGCGCGCCGGCCUCCUACAGCUAUCGGCCGCCAGAAAUCAAUUUACCUUCAUUAGGCAAUUUAGAUACAAGUAACGAACAAAAUAGUGAUAUAGUUAAUAAAAUAUCUUAUAACAGUGUAAAUAAGUACCAAAAUGUAAAUAGGCCGAGCGAAGUGGAAACUAGUCCCCACAACAAGAUUUCGUCUAGUCUUAGCUUAAUGCCUGGCGCGCGACCUAUGGCCGUCUCUGAACAGCAUGCCGAAAAUAGUAUAUCGUCAGCACAAUUCAUGUCGAGACCAAGUAACCUGAACACGAUUCACUGGCAAGCAACAACUGAGCCGUCAUUCAUAACCAAACCUCGACCGUCCUGGGAGAAGCCAGCCGGGAAGCCGAAACCGACCAAGAAGUUCACCACAACCACUAGUAAACCCCACAAGAACUAUGUGAAACCAAAGGACCCAGCUAUCAACAUGAUAAACAAGACAGACGACUCCACAUCACCCCCCAUACAGACAACAGCAGCGACGAGCAGUGUGGAAUGUGGUGUAACCGCCAUGUGGCCUCGACCUGAGCAGCGCAUCAUGGGCGGCAAAGACUCCAGCUUCGGCCGCUGGCCAUGGCAAGUCUCAGUGCGGCGGACCUCCUUCUUCGGUUUCUCAUCCACCCACCGGUGUGGUGGUGCCAUCAUCAAUGAAGGCUGGAUAGCUACAGCCGGUCACUGUGUUGAUGAUCUCCUGACAUCACAAAUCAGAAUACGUGUCGGGGAAUAUGAUUUCUCAUCGGUGUCCGAGCAGUAUCCGUUCGUAGAGCGCGGAGUGGCUCGCAAAGCGGUCCAUCCGAAGUACAAUUUCUUCACUUAUGAAUACGACUUAGCUCUUGUGAAGUUGGAGGCGCCCGUACAAUUUGCUCCUCAUAUCUCGCCGAUAUGUCUGCCGGCGUCUGAUGACCUGUUGGUAGGAGAGAACGCUACUGUUACCGGUUGGGGGAGGCUUUCUGAAGGUGGCAUAUUGCCGUCGAUUUUACAAGAGGUACAAGUUCCGAUUGUGUCCAAUGAACGUUGCAAGUCAAUGUUCCUCCGAGCUGGUCGACACGAGUUUAUUCCGGAUAUAUUUUUGUGCGCGGGACAUGAACGGGGUGGACAUGACUCUUGCCAGGGAGAUUCUGGAGGUCCCUUGCAGGUAAAAGGAAAAGAUCAAAGGUACUUUUUGGCUGGCAUCAUCAGUUGGGGAAUUGGUUGCGGUGAGGCGAACUUACCAGGGGUCUGUACAAGGAUCUCCAAGUUUGUGCCUUGGAUAUUACAAACAGUGAACUCGUAAUUCCUGGACAUUAUACCAAACGUGAUUGUGUUUGUCUACGAAGCGAAAGUGCCUAAACUGUGGACGAGUGAUAUUCAAAAGCGGUAACGGAAGAGUUAUGCGAAUAAACGAACUAAAAGGAUUUUAAGUGCAAGUUACCUUCAAAAAUGUUGAUUUAAUUCAACGUUUUCUGAGGCGUUUUUAUAAAAUUGUCCAACCGAGAGCUAAACAGAACUCGCUAUUACGCGGAAUUCUGUAUUCCCAAUGUAGCUUCACAACGGUAAAUUCACACGGCUUGAACAAUAAUAAACGCCUUCACAAUGACUGCUUAUUACCAAGGUUUUAUGAUUUAAUGCAGCGUUAUAUAUUUCUGCCUUAAUCGCUUUAAAGUACGUCCAAGACAUUUUAUGUAAAUAAACAGAAUUGUCUAUAAGAUAAGGUCUUUAAUAAUAUUGUUUGUAAACUAAGUUGUUACUAUAUAGAAAUAAUUAUUUAAGUAGUGCGUUAAUUUUUUUUUUUUUCUGUAAAUACUAUAUACGUAUUUUCUUGUCUUGCCUUAUUUAAUUAAGAUUUGUAUCUUAUUUUACAGUAUUAUUAAUAUGUUAUAUAGCUGUUUGAUUCAUAUGUUGUUUUGUAUUGUAAAUACUUGAGACAUUUGUAAUUAGGUAUUGUAAGUUCCUUUCUUGCAACGCGGUACUUUUGUUAUUCGAAUUUUUGUAAGCUUUACUUUGCCAACCUCUAUGACAUUAUUGUAAAAUUGUAAUUUAUCGACCGGUGCUGUGACAGUAUGUGACAGUAAUUACCAAAUCAUACAUCUAUAUCGUGAAUUUAGUAAUGAUAAAAACAAUCUCACUGAAGUGAUGUUUGACUGUUGUAUAUUCUAUAGCGAUUUUGUUUGAAUGAAUAGUUUAUGAUGAUGUUGACUUCAUAUUGUUCGUUUGCACAGAAGUUUGUUAAUGAUUAAAUAUUGAAAUAACU